AUGCCGCGGUCUUCCGUCGUGAAGCGCUAUUCGUUGUUCCAGCGCUCAGUGCGCGUGGUACAGACAUCUAUCCGUCGCGCAGAUCGCUGGCUUGCUGUGCGAGUGCCAGGUCUGCCGAACCCACCUGAGAUCGAGGAGAAGCAGCAGAAGCCUCGCUUCGUAGACCUGUGGGAAUUCACUCUGGCUGACCAUCGCCGCAUCUUCCACGAAGUAUGGCAGGAAUAUAAGGCUUCAUUCGCUGCUCCUACUGAAGAGGAAAUGGAACGCAGCAAGGAGGAGGUCAAACGAGCGGUGCAGGCGGUUCGUGGCCAGGUCUCGAACACUGCGAGCCAGAACAUCAGCUUCAUUGACAAAAGUCUAGAGGGCACCAAGGCUCAUAAAAACCUGCAUACACUGGGCGAGCAAGGCGCGGAGAACGUUAAAUUUCUCACCAAGGAAAUUAAACAUGUAGCCGAGGGCGUGGACACAGACGCCGUGGUCUCCCACGCCAAGCAAGUGGUGGACGACAGUCGCAGCAAAGAUGACGUGGCCACGACGCUUAAGAAGAACGUGAACGAGCUGCGUCACCUCGCGAAGGAGGGACGAGACGCUGCCUUGAAUCUAGAGAAGAAAGAUGUCGAGACCUUUAAGACCAGCGCGCAGUCGUGGUUCGCGGACAAGUUGCUGGUGGGGCAGUCCGUGCUCAUGGCCUUUAUUGAAGGAUACCGGGAAGGGAAGCAGCUGGAGCUGGAACGCGAAGACGCACUGUUGGUCACGUUUGCAAAGCAGGCAGCGGAAGACCACAAGGAUAUCAUCGAGAACCAGAUCAAGAAGAUCAUGGAUCAGCAGCGGGAGAAGCAACGACAGGAGCAGGAAGCUGCACAGAAGUCUAAAGGCUCCGACAGAAAUAGAUACUAA